AGAGGAAGACAGAGACAAGGAGGGCCAAGAUCCUCCAACUCUCCCAAUUCCUCGUAGGAGACUACGCCUUGAAAAAGGCGCGCGAGAGGCUCGCCACGUAAAACCAACUACCGACUAAGCCCCAUUGAGCACCCACCACACCGGCUACACCAAACCUACGGUACCGCAGUGCGCCCCGAAAGCCCGCCUUCGCCGGUACCCAGUCUGAUGAUACGACGGGAUUUUAUCUCCGGGAAUAUCCCAAAGGACGUCGUCUCAGCAGACACACCGUGGACGGCGCACAGGAAUCACCUUGCACCGCCUCACUACCGGACCGACACUCGAGUACCGGACGCCCGCACACCCGUACCCGGUAGUCCCUACGGGGGCUGAGUAGGAGCUUCACGUCUGCGCCGCCCACUCCACCUUCUGCACUGAGGUGCCGAAGAGAGAUCCCACUCCAUUUCGCGCUCCUCAGCCUCACGGGACGCCAUGACCAGGUCACAAAACCUGCCCAUUGCCUCUCACGAGUUCUGAUCCUCGAACAUGCGGGCGACGACAGCUCGCAAGGAGAGGUCUCUCCCCAGCACGGCUACGAGAUCUCGCCGCGAGUGCUCCUCACACGGGCACGCUUCGAGCACGUGCUGAGCGUCAUCGUCUGGAUGCCUGCACUGGUGGCAACCCGGAUGUUGCUCUCUCUUGCAGACCUUUCACAGUACCUCCAGAAACAGCCAUGUCCCGAGAGGACCUGCGUAAGGUGAAAGGAGAGCACGCCGUGUCGCCGCUCCGACCAUGUAUUUCAGAUUUCCUAAAGAAAAUCUCAUACAAAAAAUGGACUUUUUAAAUCAAUAGAAGCUUCUAGAAAUAAAGCGCUUUCUGUAACCAUAACUGGAUUUCAAAAUAUGCUUAAGCGCUCAUGCAAUUAAGUGACGCAACAACUUUAAAAUCAAAUUAAUCACCAAGAACAUUACGACUAUAAAUUCAAGCGUCAAAAUUUUACUUUUGUUUAAAUUGUUAAAAUUGUGGUUAAAAGUAAGACGUGCACAUAAUGUUGAAGUAUUUUUAUUUGUACAGUGCAGUUUUGUUUUUGACUGAUUUUACGGUUCCUGUAAAAACGGCAUAUUUGAAGAAACCAUGUGAAGAUUUCUCGGAAGAAUGUCUAACAAAAACGCUACAGAUGGGAUUACCUAUUUUCGUAGAGGGUAUAAGGGAAAUUGGGUUAGAAAGUUUAGAUCCGUAUCGUAUAGAAAAACUUAAUUUAAAAAUGCCCGGUGAUAUGAAUAUUGAGUUUAAACAUGGUGUUGCCAGAGGACUCAAAAAAUGCCGGGUUGAUUUUGCAAGGUAUAAAGAUCAUGUUUUUGAAACUCAGUUCCACUGUAAUUUAACGAUAAAGGGACACUAUAGAUCAGUGGGAAGGUUUCUUAUGUUUGCCAUUGACGGUGACGGAAAAUCAAUUAUAAAAUGCAGUAACAUCAGACUACACGCUUUUCUCACUAUCAAACCAAUGACUGGUAAAGAUGGCAUGAGUCACCUGGAAGUUACAAGCUCAAAUUUCACACACAGUUAUGAUGGCAGAGUUACUUACAGUGUUACGAAUCUACUCAAAGGGAAUCCAGAAAUAAGUAAUGCAGUUGUCAAUUUUAUGAAUGAAAACUGGCGAAUGGUCGCAGAAGACUUUGGCGAUCCAAUUGUGCAUUACGGUAUAUCAGCUGUUAUGAAAAACUUAAAGAAAUUCUUCGAGGUGGUGCCAUUAGAAGAAAUAAUUUAAAUAUGUUUCCUUAAUAUCGAAAAUAAACCAGUAUAUAAAUUCGAA